UUUUGUUUUGUAACGACUGGCCGGAAGCGUCGAACUCACCGCUGGCGGAACAGACGCCUGAACUAGCUCACAGCUAACAGCUAACAGCUAACUAGACUCUGCUCUGCUGGUAAAACUAAAACGUUUCUAAAAGACGGACUUCUCCGGGUCAGCGUUGAUCCCUCUCUGUGUGUGUGUGUGUGUCUCCUCGGCUGUGGUGCUCAGUCUCUGUGGGUGUGGAGGAUACUGGCUCCGUGCCAGUCCCCUGUAGAUGAAGAUGUCUCUGGCCCAGCGAGUGCUCCUCUCCUGGAUCUUCGCCCUGAUCUUCCUCAUCAUGCUGGUCCUCAAGCUGGACUCUAAGAUCCACUGGAACUGGUUUCUCAUCUUCCUCCCUGUCUGGACCUUCGACACAAUCCUCAUCCUCAUGCUGAUAGUGAAGAUGGCAGGACGCUGCAAGCCGGACUUUGACCCCAGAGAUGGCGAGCAGAGCCUGAAGAGGAGGUUGUGGUACCUGACAGCCCUGCUGCUGAAGCUGGCCUUCUGCCUGACACUGUGCUCCCGCCUGGAGAGGCUCGUCGACAUGUUGAUCAGUGUGGUGUGUGUCCCCCUGUGGGUGCUGCUGGGUGGGGCGCUGGUGGAGCUGGGACACAGUGUCUUCCACUACAGGAGGGACUGAACCACAGGACUCCACAAUACAUGGAUUUGAAAUGUAAUAUAGGGGAGGAAGACUCUUUUUUUUACACUCUCACUCGGGAUGCAGGUUGGAUCGGGUGUCGGUUUGUUGUCACUGUAAAAUUCACUGUGUCUGCUAUAUGUUACAUUGAAGUCACAGCCGGUGGUGGAUUCAUUGACAGGGUUGGGGUCCCAGUGAGUUCUGCACAGUGUGGUUUUACAUGGUUUUUAAAUAUGAAGGAAAGAAUCAGAACACUAAUGUGUAUCUGAAGGAACAUCGACCUACAGUAACUGUGUGGUACCUUUUUUAGGAUCAAAGGUUAAAAGGAUGAUUUUACAGUCCACAGUUUGGCAUCUUUAGCCUUCACAUUGUUUUGGCAUUCACAUUGCUGCCUUCUGGCUCAUCUUUAGGCCGCAGGAGUUAAUGAAAGGGUGAACUGGGGCUAGAGGGUAGUAAGAUUUAUACUUUGUAAAAGCUCAGAUAUAGUUCCAGGUGAGACUGGGUUUUUACAAACCAUCCAAAACCUUCUACACUACAAUUCACCUUUUCCACGUGUUACGGAGAGAUCACACGUGUCUACACACAAAUGCAGUACUGUACUAAAGCGGGAUCCUUGUUACACUGAAAUUAUCCAGCCUGCACUAGCAUGCACUGUGUGUGCCUCUGAGCCAUAUUAUACGUGUUUGUGAAAUCACUGUUGAAACUUAUAUUAUCUGAGCAUUUCUGCAGAGUAGUUAGAAACCUCACAGCUUCCGUAUCUGUCCGUACCGAUCCCAGGAUGUCUCCUCCUCUUCUAACAAUAUGGAUUUAUAAAAUAUGUCCUUUUGCAGUGUGAGUGCAGCUCAAGAGUAGCAGGAGCUUUUUGAUAGAUAUGGGAGGUAUUCUAACAAGUGUACAUUGUCAACUAUUGUGACACCAAACAUCAUUGCAAUCAAUCCAAUAGUUUUCAGUGUCGGACCAGCAUCUUCAUCCGUGGACCCAAGCCGCAUACGUAGCUAAAAAAAAUGCAAAUAAAUUGAGACCUUUAUGAUAUGAAAUGCAGGAGAGACAUUAAUGGUAAGUCAAUAUUUUUGAACCAUUUAUUGAGAGGUUCUGAUCAGAGUAUAAAUCACACUACCAAGUCUUAUCUUAGGAAAUAAAAUGUAUUUACAACAAAAUGUUCACAUACAUUGGUUUCAAAUAAAAACAGACAGUAAAUGAUAUAAAUAAGUUCUAUGGAAAAUAAAACUUGUCUUACAAAAAAUA